ACGUGAACUCCCAUGAUGCAACAGUGUUUAGCCUCAUUUACUGAGUAGUAACGUUAUCGAAAGUAGGCCAAAGCGAAGAGCGAAACCGUGACUGACAGAAGUUGGCAUUCCUUAUUCAUAUUCCCUCACGCUCACACACACACCUACACAUACAUACAUACACAGAUAUAUAUAUAUAUAUUAGACACAUACAUACGUAAAUAUAUAUACACGCUCGACCAGUGCGUGAUUUAAAUCAGAUCGAAAGGUAACAUUACCAACAUAAGAAGACAAGGAGGGCAGCAAGGCGACCAAUUACCAUCCCCGCUCUCUGCUUUCUCUACAUACAUUAAUUUUACGUUAAUUGACUUUAUACACACGUAUAUAGUCGUUUAGCGGUAAGUCGAAACCUUCAGCCCCAGUUAUACGUCCAACGGAAGAAAGAAAAGGAAGGAAAAAUUCAAAAGAAUAAGGAAAGUAAAGCUUCAUCGUUACGAUCGUUAAGAACAAUAAUAUUAUUAUAUCCGUCCGUCGCCUCUAUAUUUUGUGUGGGUAGAUCUAGAUAUCUAUAUAUACACACACACACUAUAUAUAUAUAUAUAUAUAUUAUAUCUCUGUGUGUGAUUUAAAUUUUAUCUACUGAAGAAAAAUGGGAAAUAUUCAUACAGCCGGACCGGACGAAGCUCUCGUCAUCUCUGGUGGAUGUUGGGGUCCAGAGAGCAAGAAAACCAUUGUUGGAAACUGGGGCUGGGCAUGGUGGCUCGUUACCGAUGUCCAAUGUAUUUCGUUGGAAGUCAUGACAUUGAACCCUGUAUGUGAAAGUGUGGAAACCCUAGAAGGUGUCCCAAUUACGGUGACAGGGGUUGCACAAUGCAAGAUUAUGAAAGAGAAGGACCUGUUAAAUCGGGCUUGUGAGCAAUUCCUUGGCAAAUCCAUCGACCACAUUGAAAGGGUUGUUUUACAGACAUUGGAAGGCCAUUUACGAGCUAUUCUUGGAACACUGAGUGUUGAAGCUAUAUACCAAGACCGAGACCAGUUUGCCAUGCUGGUGCGAGAAGUCGCUUCACCAGAUGUUGGAAGGAUGGGAAUUGAGAUUCUUAGUUUCACAAUCAAAGACAUAUAUGAUCAGGUGGAGUACUUAGCUUCUCUGGGUCGCACUCAGACAGCCAACGUGAAGAGAGAUGCAGAUAUUGGUGUGGCAGAAGCCGUAAGAGAUGCCGGAAUUAGGGAAGCAGAAUGUGAAAAAGUCGGAAUGGAUGCUAAAUAUGCUGCUGAUGCUAAAGUUGCCGAUGCAUCAAGAUUGUUCCAGAUGCAGAAGGCUGCUUUUGACAUGGAAGUGAACACAAAGAAGGCUGAGGCAGAGCUGGCGUACGAACUUCAAGGUGCCAAAGAGAAACAGAAGAUCAGAACUGAAGAGAUUGAGAUUGAUGUUGUCGAGCGUCGUAAACAGAUCGAUGUGGAGGAGAAGGAGGUGAUCAGGAAAGAGAAGGAACUGGUUGGUACCGUGAAACGCCCUGCCGAAGCUCAAGCUUUCAAAGUUGAAAUGCUAGCUGAAGGUCAAAGGUGCAAUACUGAAGAGUACCAUCGGUCGAUAACUGAUGAAGAAUUAUGGACUUUCUGCUUGUCUCCUGUUGCAGCCGAAGUCUCAGCUCCACUGUCGAAGACUGAAGAAAUUGUCCUGUUGGGAGAUGACAAGGCGUCGGGAGAGGUAUCACGUCUUAUCAGCCAACUGCCACCAGCUGUCAGUGCUCUGACUGGUGUCGAUAUAUCUAAGAAAUUCGGACUUUUAUCAGACCGAAUUCCGCUUCUUGCUCAAAAGUCUUAACAUUGUGUUGUAAACGGUCUUUUGACCCUGUUGCCAUGUGGUGCUUGGAAAGAUCCCUGGAGCACAACCGGCCACUGCCUGAAAAGCUGACAAUAUUUUUGCAAGCAUGCAACUAGUAUCAACCACAGUCUUAUAAAAUCCUGUGGCUUUGUGUGGGUGGGAGGGCCGGGUUGGUUUGUUUGGUGGCUAGUAUAUUAGGAGGGUGGGGGGUGCAAUGAUUGUAGCAUAACUGAGUGCAUGUGAGUGAGAGGCCAGCUGUGAGUAUGGUGGGGAAAGAGUGUCUGUGCAGUGUUUUUGUGUCAAGUAUAGAUGAGCU